CAUCCGCAUUGCUUUCAUUUCAACCGUAACCUACCUCCACACCCCCUCUAUGGCUCUACCACAUGAGCUGUACUAGCCCACAUCUAUUGGAGACCGCUGGCCUCUUUCGGCGCCGCCGACACCCGGAAACCAACCGCUGUCAACGGGAUCACCUCUCCAUGCCUUCAAUAUACUCUAGACGGCUUCACGGGACGUGGUCUGCGCGACUGAAGGACGCCUCGUCAUUCGUGAUAGCACACCUGAACUUCUUCCGUAUACACUUACUCGUUUGUACUACGUUCACCCCUCUGAUCUUCUCCGGAAUCCUCUACGCCACCAAUGGAGAGUACCAUAUCUCGUACAUCGACUGUCUGUUCUGUUGCGUCACUUCCAUGACAGUGUGCGGACUGGCCACGAUCAACCUCAGUACCUUGACGCCGUUCCAGCAGUUCCUGCUCUUCGCCCAGAUGUGUCUCGGAAGCCCUGUACGUGUGCUGCGUCGCAUGAGAUUCAAGUUUCCAACACAUCCUGAGGCCGAGAUGGCUCGCAAAGCCUCUGCGAAGGCCCGGCGACCAGUUGGCGUGAAGAUAGUGCCGUGGUGGCGACGCUACACUGCUUCGAAGGACGUCGAUCGCGCUUCUGACAGCUCGAGCGAGGAUCAUCGAGGAUCAGCUCGGGUCCGAGUGGACAUGAUUCGCCGGAUGGACGCCGCGCCGCAACUGGUCAACCCAAGCGGGUGGAUCAGCGCAGGCCGCUCGGACUUUUUCACGUCUAACUCGGAGGCGCCUCAGAAUCCGAGCUCGAAAACGCAACAGCGGAACGACGAGUACGAGAUGCAGUCGCCCGGACGCUACCUGGCGUUUGCAGACAUUGACAACCCUUCGUUGGUCGAGCAUGCGAUGCGGGUUGCUGAACCUGGCCAGCAAGCGCCGGCUGGUGAGGCGCCGGAUUCUGCAGGCCUGAGCGACGCCAGAUCUGUGCAGUCUGCCCAGUCAAAUGGCAGAGACAAGUCGAAUGUUGACUUGGUCUCACAGCAAUCCCCCUUGCCGCGGUCCGUGACGAUCACGCUCGCCUCGCAGGGGAGGUCAGAGACGUUCUCCCGGACACAGACAAUCGAAUUCGCGAACUCUCCACGGCCUAACCGUGAAGUGCGCUCGAACCGCAGCGUUGCCCCGAGUGGCUGGGAUGACUAUGGGUCGUCCCGCGAUCGACGUUCUAUGCGGCGACCAACGCUGUCAUAUCCGCAAUCCAACGCAUCGUACCACAGCCGUCGGACGGAGCGCACGCACACCCUCCACAGUGGAUUUGGAGGGUUCCCGAUGCCGCACGAACUCUUCACCAGCCUUUUCCGGCGGCUCUUCCCGCAACUGGAGCAAAAAAUGACACGCACGAUGACCAUGCCGCGCACACGUACGAUUGUUUCACAGCAGUCGCUUGCCCCGAGCGGGCGCCCCGUGACCUAUAUCAGCUUCGAUGCGGUCGUCGGGCGCAAUUCGGAAUUCAAGGAGUUGACGAAUGAACAGCUGGAAGAGCUGGGCGGCGUUGAGUAUCGCGCGCUGGGGCCUUGCUCUGCUGGCAUGGGUAUUAUCGCGCCGUACAUGUCGAUGUCGCGGUGGCAAAACGACUUCCAUCCACCUCAGCUCUACCGUGAUGUCUCGCCUAUCUGGUUCUCUGCAUUUCAGGUCGUGUCGGCUUAUACAAACACGGGGAUGUCCUUGGAGGACGAGUCAAUGGUGCCAUUCCAGAAGGCGUAUCUUAUGAUCUUCAUCCUGAUCUUCCUCAUUUUGGCGGGCAAUACUGCUCUACGGUUCGGCAUAUGGGUGUUGUCCAAAGUAGUCCCCCAAGGUUCCCGCCUGAAUGAGACGCUGCACUUUUUGCUCGAUCACCCUAGACGGUGUUUCGUGUACUUGUUCCCGUCUCACCAGACGUGUCUCACGGAUUGGUUUUGCUUCCUGGUUCUUGAUCUUGGCAAUCCAACAAUCACGUCGAUACCUGUCGGCGUACGCGUCGUCAUUGGGACGUUGCAAGCAUUGGCGGUCAGGGCGGCAGGGUUUGCGACCGUGACCCUUGCGGAUCUUGCCCCAGCUGUCAAGUCCGUCGAUCUCUCUCAUCUGCUCGUGUCGAUGCUCAUGUUUGUACGGUCCACGAAUGACGAGGACGAGGAGGAGUCUGCGGAAGACGAUUUCAAUCCUACCGGCAAUCGUGUCACAGUCUGGAGCCGCUAUCUCGCUAUGCACAUGCGGAAACAACUGUCGUUCGAUAUGUGGUGGUUGGGAUUAGCACUCGUGCUCGUCUGUAUCAUCGAAAAAGAUGGCCUUGAGGAUGAAUCGUCGGCCUCGUGGUUCAAUAUCUUCCGCUUGUUGUUCGAGGUCGUUUCUGCAUACGGAACUGUUGGGCUGAGCCUCGGUGUUCCAUAUGACAACUUUUCGUUCUCCGGCGCGUUGAGGACCUUGUCGAAGCUGAUCAUCUGCGCCGUCAUGAUUCGUGGACGACAUCGUGGAUUGCCGGUGGCCAUCGACCGCGCCGUCAUGCUACCGGCGGAGUUCUCGCAUGCAUCGACAGACCGUAUCAACGAGAUCGCUUCAAACAAUGCGCGCCGUUCUUCGGUGACGUUCGACGCCAUGAGCGCCGACGCGGACGAACGGAGCCAGCUCCGGAGAUCGCACGUUCGCUCGCCUUCCACCAUGAAAUCAGGCGGCCCCGAGUCCGCUCAGUCUCAACCAAACCAGGAGAUGUUGCAACAACCAGCAACAACAGCGGCAGCAGAAACAACAACAGCAGCAGCAUGAUAGUGCGGAGACCCAAUGAAC